UUUGGGAAUCUUACGGACCUUUGACAGAAAAAGAGUCAGAAUUAACGUUUUGUGUCAGCUCUUUUUUCAAGCCAUUGAGUCUGUUUAAUACGGUAUUAGAAACUGAAGCAGCCAGUUACAUAAGAGCGAUGAUAGAACCUGAAAGUGUACUUGGUAUUUUAGGAGAGAGAUUUAGCCCAUCCGAGUAAGCUUCCGUACAAAUGCAGUGAAUUUGACCGAGUAGGAGGAGCCUGCCCCUUUUGUUUGUUUUAUUGAUACACAGUUUAAUGUGGGUGAAAACCCUUCAGAUUCAUUGCCAAGUACAGCCACUCAUGCACAAAACUACCUCCCAAAGACUUGUUCUAGGUCUUUCGUAUAAAAAAAUUAAGAAUAAAAUGGAAGAUAGCACAAUCUUAUCAAAUUGGACAGAUGACAGCAAACAAAAAAUGAAAUAUGACUUUUCCUGUGAGCUCUAUCGCAUGUCCACGUACUCCACCUUCCCGCCCGGCGUGCCUGUCUCGGAAAGGAGCCUGGCUCGCGCGGGCUUUUAUUACACCGGUGUGAUUGACAAGGUCAAAUGCUUCUGCUGUGGCCUGAUGCUGGACAACUGGAAACAAGGAGACAAUCCUGUGGAAAAGCAUAAGAAGUUGUACCCCAGCUGCAGCUUUAUUCAGAAUCUGGUUUCUGAUGCUAAUCUGGAAUCCACCUCUAAGAGUGUUCCUUCUCCAGCGAGAAGUGGUUUCACACAUUCCUUGUGUCCUGCUUCGGAGCCUGGUGACUCAUUGACUGAUUCUUUUUCCAACCUUUCAUUCAACCCUGUUCAUUCAAGAGCAGGUGAGGACUUCUCCCCAACGAGGACUAAUCCCUACAGUUUUGCGAUGAGUACCGAAGAAGCAAGAUUUCUUACUUAUCGCUUGUGGCCAUUAACUUUUCUAUCACCUUCAGAAUUGGCAAGAGCUGGAUUUUAUUAUAUAGGACCUGGAGAUAGAGUUGCCUGCUUUGCCUGUGGUGGAACACUCAGUAACUGGGAGCCGAAGGAUGAUGCUAUGUCAGAGCACCGGAGACAUUUUCCAGACUGUCCAUUUUUGGAAAAUUCUCUAGAAACGCUGAGGUUUAGCAUUUCAAAUCUGAGCAUGCAGACAUGUGCAGCUCGGCUGAGGACGUUUAUGUGCUGGCCAUCGAGUGUUCCCGUUCAUCCAGAGCAGCUUGCAAGUGCUGGUUUCUACUGUGUGGGUCGCAAUGAUGAUGUCAAAUGCUUUUGUUGUGAUGGUGGCUUAAGGUGUUGGGAAUCUGGAGAUGAUCCGUGGGUGGAGCAUGCCAAGUGGUUUCCCAGGUGUGAGUUCUUGAUACGCAUGAAAGGGCAGGAGUUUGUUGAUGACGUUCAAGCUAGAUAUCCUCAUCUUCUUGAACAGCUGUUGUCCACUUCAGACACUGCUGGAGAGGAAACUGCUGAUCCACCAAUUCUUCACUUUGGACCUGGAGAGACGCCGUCGGAAGAUGCUGUCAUGAUGAACACACCUGUGGUCAAGGCAGCCUUAGAAAUGGGCUUCAGUAGGAGGCUGGUCAGACAGACAGUGCAGAGUCAGAUCCUCACAGCUGGAGAGAACUACAAGACAGUUAGUGAUCUUGUGUCAGCACUUCUUAAUGCUGAAGAUGAAAACAGAAUCGAGGAGAAGGAAAGACAAGCUGAAGAAAUGGCUUCAGACGAUUUAUCACUGAUUCGGAGGAAUAGAAUGGCACUCUUUCAGCAGUUGACAUGUGUGCUGCCUAUCCUGGAUAAUCUUUUGAAGGCUAAUGUCAUUAAUAAACAGGAACAUGAUAUUAUUAAACAAAAAACACAGGUGCCUUUACAAGCAAGAGAACUGAUUGAUACAGUAUUAGUUAAAGGAAAUGCUGCAGCCAACAUCUUCAAAAACUGCCUGAAAGAAAUUGAUUCUACUAUAUAUAAGAACUUAUUUGUGGAAAAGAAUAUGAAGUAUAUUCCAACAGAAGAUGUUUCAGGUCUGUCCUUGGAAGAGCAAUUAAGGAGGUUGCAAGAAGAAAGAACUUGUAAAGUGUGUAUGGACAAAGAGGUUUCUAUUGUAUUCAUUCCUUGUGGUCAUCUGGUAGUAUGCCAGGAGUGUGCACCUUCUCUACGAAAAUGCCCUAUUUGCAGGGGCAUAAUUAAAGGAACUGUUCGUACAUUUCUCUCAUAAGGGAAAAAUGGGCUAUGCAUUAGUUUAUUAUAAAGGGUUAAAAAAUAUUUAACAGACCAUCUGAAAUAUAAAAAGAAAUAUUGAAUCUUUUAUUGGUAACAUUUGUGUUCCUGAUUUGGUAUUAGUGAUCUUGUUUUUUGUUUUUU